AUGCAAUUGCCAUGGGGCGGCCGCGACGGUCCGGGAAAUGACACCUUGCUACCGACAUCCAGCAUCCCUUCCAUCACCGGGCAUGCUGCAGAUGGCAUUGAUUCCAAGGAUGGCGAUCGUCCACAGCGCCCAGGUCGUCACGUCCGGACCACGUCUUCUGAUGCACGGAACGUUGCCGAUCAUUUCUCCUAUAUGACCCCGAGCGAAGCCGCAGCGAAUUUACGGACAUCACUCACCCUUGGCCUUACUCCAACCGAAGCUCUGACCAGACUCGGCGAAUAUGGUCCGAAUGAAAUUCCUCACGAGGAUCCAGAGCCAUUAUGGCUACGAUUCGUUAAACAAUUCCAGGAGCCCCUUAUUCUGCUGCUUCUAGUUUCUGCCGGUACAUCGCUCCUCUUGGGAAACAUGGAUGACGCUAUCAGCAUCACAGUCGCUGUGACAAUUGUCGUGUCCGUCGGGUUCAUACAAGAGUAUCGUUCUGAGAAGUCUAUCGAGGCUCUUAACCACCUCGUGCCGAAUCAUGCCCAUCUGGUCCGUGGUCAGAGCAAGACGUCGUCGUUGGGGAAGACUACCACCUGGCCACCGCGUACAGAUGAUGCCGAUUCAGCCUUGACCCCGGGCUCUGUCACUCCAGUCAGCGAUAUUCUGGAUGCGACCUCUUCCAAGGUCAUGGCUUCUCAGCUGGUUCCUGGCGAUCUCGUUCUGUUUACCACCGGUGAUCGCAUUCCUGCCGACAUCCGUGUUACCAAAGCCGCAGACUUGACGAUUGAUGCAUCAAACCUCACUGGAGAGACGGAGCCUGUGAGGGUGACGGCUGAGGCACGUAGCCGUGGAUUUGGCUCAUAUGGUCUUGACAAGUCACAAUUGCCUCGACCCAACUCUCUUGCCCCCUCUGAGCAUGGAGAUUCUCACGGAGAUGGUAUUCAUAAUAUCGCAUAUAUGGGAACAUUGGUGAAGUCGGGCCAUGGUCAGGGUAUUGUCUUUGCAACUGGAGGCCAUACACACUUUGGAACUAUUGCUGUUAGCGUUUCUGGCACCGAGAGUCCAAGAUCACCGCUUCAGUUAUCCAUGGACGACCUUGGCUCGCAGCUCAGUAAAGCUUCAUUUGUGGUAAUUGGCCUCAUCUCAGUUGUCGGUUGGCUCCAGGGGAAGAAACUUCUUGAGAUCUUCACUAUUUCGAUAUCACUUGCCGUUGCCGCCAUCCCUGAAGGUCUGCCUAUUAUUGUCACUGUCACGUUGGCUCUGGGUGUUCAUCGCAUGGCUAGGCAUAAUGCGAUCGUCCGAAGGAUGCCCAAGGUCGAGACUUUGGGAUCCGUAAAUGUAGUUUGCACUGAUAAAACAGGCACCCUUACUACGAACCACAUGACAACUACUCGAAUGUGGUAUUUUGGAGCACAAGAACCUGUCCCGGUGGAGUCUGAUCACGAUGAUGUUGAAACGAAUCCAGACCUUAACCAGGCCACCCUUCGAGUGCUUCGUAUAGGCAACAUUGCCAAUGAUGCACGGCUUGCGCAAAAGUAUACAGAGCAUGGACAAGCCGCAACAGCUGUACUUUCGUCGACCGUAGGACGUGGUCAGGUUUCCACAUAUACCCGCUGGGUUGGACAACCUACUGACGUUGCCAUGCUGGACCUCCUUGAUCGCUUCAAGGAACACGAUGUUAGAGAAUCUAUCGGCCCUCGAGUGAGCGAGACACCUUUCAGCUCUGAACGAAAGUGGAUGGGUGUCACAAUUGGAUCCGAAACAAAGGGAGACAAGGAAUUCGCUUACAUGAAGGGCUCUAUCGAAAAGGUUCUCGCAGCCUGUGACACUUAUCUCGAAAAGGAUGGAAGGGAAAUUGUACUUGACUCUGCACGUCGUCAGGAGGCUCUUCAAGCCGCCGAAGCCAUGGCUGUCCAAGGUCUACGGGUAUUGGCAUUUGCCAGCGGUUCCGUCACGCGCCCAUUGAGAAGCAAAUCCGCAGCGCGCAGCACCUCUGGUUUUGACCGAAGCGAGAGUCCAUCUUCUCACAGCCCAGAAGACAUUUACAAAAAUCUCACCUUUGCGGGUCUUGUUGGUAUGCGUGAUCCUCCGCGACCCGGAGUUGGACGUUCAAUCAGGCGCUUGAUGCGAGGUGGGGUCAAGGUCAUCAUGAUUACCGGCGAUGCAGAGACGACAGCGCUUGCGAUAGGAAAGCAACUGGGCAUGAACAUUGCGGUCCCUAGUGGACAUGCAGGCGGCCAGAACACUGUAAGACCUGUGCUGCGCGGUGACGAGGUCGACAGGAUGUCGGAGGAAGAUCUGGCACAGGCCAUGCAACACACAACCAUUUUUGCACGAACGAACCCAGACCACAAGCUGAAGAUCAUUCGAGCCCUCCAGUCAAGAGGCGAUAUUGUCGCCAUGACUGGUGAUGGCGUCAAUGAUGCGCCAGCUUUGAAGAAGGCAGACAUUGGUAUUUCCAUGGGCCGCCAUGGAACUGAUGUUGCGAAGGAGGCAGCAGACAUGAUCUUGACGGACGAUGACUUUUCUACGAUCCUCAGAGCCAUCGAAGAGGGCAAGGGUAUCUUCAACAACAUCCAGAACUUCCUGACCUUCCAACUCAGCACAAGUGCUGCCAGUUUGGCACUUGUUUUUAUUUGCACCUGUUUUGGCUUCAAAUCCCCUUUGAACGCCAUGCAGAUUCUUUGGAUUAACAUUAUCAUGGAUGGUCCUCCAGCUCAGUCUCUGGGUGUUGAAAGGGUAGACCCUGAUGUCAUGACCAAGCCUCCACGACGACGAGGAGAUCCAGUGCUUACCAAGUCGCUCAUUACACGCGUUCUCACAUCGGCGGCCAUUAUUACCAUUGGAACAAUGCUCAUCUACCGUCGUGAGAUGAUGGCUGAUGCACAGGUAACCCGACGUGACACGACGAUGACAUUCACCUGCUUCGUCUUCUUCGACAUGUUCAAUGCCCUGAGCUGCCGGUCGGAGUCUAAGUCGGUGCUUCAGGGCGAAGUUGGACUCUUCUCUAACAACUUGUUCAACUGGGCUGUCUCUCUCAGCAUUGCUGGACAGUUGCUUGUCAUCUAUUUUCCCUGGCUCCAAGAGACUUUCCAGACGGAAGCUCUUGGGUUUUUUGACCUCAUACGACUCGUUCUGUUGUGUAGCACGGUAUUUUGGGCGGACGAGCUGCGAAAAUAUCUCAAGUAUAAGAAAAGGCGUUUUGGAAACGGUUAUAGCCAGGCGGUGUAA